CAGCGCGAUGUGCUUCGCAGGGCGCAGUGAUAUAGGGUAGGUGUCUACAGACAGCCUGGCAAAACAUCGGAGCAACCUGCUGCGGUUUCCAGGAGUUGCACAUUCGCAAGACCAACAUUGUCAAUCAGGCCUGAUUUGAUUGCGAACGAAGCUUCUUUGACGACCCCUGUUUUGACGAUUAUGACCACAAAAUUGUGACCUGCAGAAUUGAACGCAUCUCCGAUUGCUCGGUCCGGCCGACUCGAUCAUAUACCCCCCUCCCCAGCAGCUAUCGCCCUCAGCCAUCGAGCUGCACCUCCCGUCUCGCGACCACCAAUUCCAGCUUUGACCUGGGGUGUCGCCCGCGAUCACACGAGAAACGCGCCAUACCUCGCGCGUCUACGAUCGCUCCUUUCCAAUAAUCAAACUCUCUUUUCCUCUGCGCAAGUCAUCGACGGGGUAUGACGCCGCGUGAUUGUCCGUUUGUUUGAAAGGCAUCGCAAUGGUCCCGAUCACUGGCAACGGUGUGGGCGCCCAAUUGGACGGAAUGGGGUCACAGAUGGCCGGCCACGGGCAUAACCAGCCCCCGGCCACAGAGUACACCCUGCAAGGCGUCAUGCGGUUCUUGCAGACAGAGUGGCACCGUCACGAACGCGAUCGCAAUGCCUGGGAGAUUGAGAGGCAGGAGAUGAGAGGACGUAUCGCACAUCUCGAGGGUCAGGCGCGCCGCGCAGACGCCACCCAGAAGGCUCUGCGCAAAUACGUGCACAUACUCGAACGCAAGGUGAAGGACCAGGCGGCGCAGAUCAAGGGCGAGGAUGCUGCCCAUGCCGAUGCUGCGGCAAAGAACGAUCGCGCUGCCCAGAUUGAGGCCAAGCUCAAAUCCACCGCCGAAACCCAUGUCAUCCCCGGUGUGGAGGAUAUCGAACUGGACCGACCCGACGACGAGGGCCAACGCCAGGACCUCAAGAAUUUCCUCGACCAAUGCCAAAACGAAUUCAUGUACCUUAUGAUCACGCCCGCGAACCCACAACCUCCUCGCGAGUCACCUCAGCUUCCGAUUAUCGAGGAUCUGCGCGAGGUAGAUUUCGGGUCUGUCCCUGGUGGCCAAGCCAUGGAACGGCAGUAUCCUGCGCACCAACGGUCCCAGAACUACAUGAACGAUGUAGAGCGACAGCAAACCCAACAGCAACUGCAACAAUUGCAGCAGCAGCAAGCUGUGAACCACGGCGUAAACGCUGGCUCCAAGCAAAACCCGAAUGCCUUUGCUUCAAGAAACGAUGCCCAAGCGCAGCCCAUGACGCGCUCCGGUAACGACAACCAGCCCGCCCCAGUCUACAACGUCGAGUCGAGCACCCCAAACGAUUGGAACGGUCCGGUUUCGGUCACCACCCGCGUGGUGGAUGAACAUGCAGACACUGGCUCAGCUACGGACGUCCCCGAGGACAAAGACAAGCGCAGCAUGAAACAUUCAGCUGACAUUGAGGGCUGGGAAUUUCCAGAGGGCACGUUCCCCGAACCUGGCAGCGCCCAAAUACCGUCCAAUCGACCUGACACUGAUGUCUUCCCGAACGCUGAGAAUCCGCCCAAGUCUCCCAACAAAGCUCCUGGCCAACACAGGCGCAAGAGCUCCAUGUCGCGGCGGCUGAGUGCCGAGCAUGAGUCAAACAUCGCCCAAAAGGCUGAGAUUGGCAACUUCAAGCUGCGGUACGGUCUUCGUGGUCACCUGAACGCCGUCCGAACUGUCAUAUUUUCUGGUGGCGGCAGCCCUGGCGAGCCAGAGAUUUGCACGGCGGGCGAUGACAGCAUGAUCAAGCGCUUCCACAUCCCGCGACUUGACGGACAUGGUUCUUGGAACUCGGCGUCUGAUCUCGACGUGACGGCCAACUUUACCCACCGUGGCCAUUCAGGUGCCGUUCUUUGUCUGGCGUCGUGGUCUCCCGCUCCCAACUUCACGGCGGGCGGUCGCGCGCAAGGUGAUGGCUGGAUCUUCUCCGGUGGACAAGAUGCGACGAUCCGCGUCUGGGAGCGAGGACGGGUGGAUCCCAAGGCGACGCUGGAGGGCCACACGGAUGCGGUCUGGGCUCUGUGCGUCUUGCCAGCCACGCUUGGUUCCGUGUUUGGCGCCUCGAGUCCUCACGGGUCGGCCGACCGCAUGCUGCUGGUAUCCGGUGCGGCUGACGGCUCCGUGCGGCUAUGGUCCGUGACGGGCCCUCCCCAACUUGGCUCCCCGCAGCCUGGCGCGAAUCGGGGUGUCAGUGGUCGUGGCGGGCGCGUGCGUGGAAACUCGAUGAGCUCAGGAAGCGGCUUCUCCAGCACACCGCAGCCCACCAUGGCAUCCAACUCGCCCUUUAACCACACACUGAUUCACAACAUUGUCCGUCCCGACGGAUCCACGGCCAGUCCCACGGCAAUCUCACCGCUAGGAAACUCUGCCGAGUCAUUCAUCGUGUCCUACUCGGAUGCUGCCGUCAUCGUCUACGACACAAGGACAGGUGAACAAUUGGGAUAUAUGGACAGCAUGGAGACGUAUGACGGGUCCAAGCGUACUGGCGUCAACACCAUUGUCGCUACGACUGUGGGAUUGGACCAGGCGCACAGCGGCAUGUCUGAUGAUGACAACAACGCGGGUGGUCCCACCGGAGGGGGCCGCUCUGGCGUCGAGGGCACGAUCAUUACCGGCCAUGAAGACCGUUUCGUCCGGUUCUUCGAUGCUAACAGUGGCCAAUGCACCUACAACAUGCUAGCUCACCCCGAUGCCAUAUCGUCCCUUUCGCUGUCACCAGACGGCCUUGAGCUUGUCUCUGGCGGUCACGACGCGUCGCUCCGCUUCUGGAACCUCGAGAAGCGCACUUGUAUACAGGAAAUGACAGCGCACCGGCUGAUGCGAGGUGAAGGUGUCUGCUCCGUGGUCUGGAGCCAGGAUGGAAAGUGGGUUGUGAGCGGAGGAGGUGACGGAGUGAUCAAGGUGUUUGCGAGGUGAUGCUGGCUGCGUACUGACCUACUUUUCACUGUCCGAGGUGGCAUGAGCGAGCUUGGUUGUCAUGCACUGUAGAAAUUCUUGAGGCUACAUCCGGGGCGUGGCCUGUUUCAUAGUACUUACAAAGGUGCGAACGGUUUGAGAGGCGUGCAUAUCUGCUAGCGGCGCCUGAGCAUUUACAUGUACAGAUACAUUGGUUAAUGUCAUUCACGGGAGGGCGGCAAUAGCUGGUGGUUCUGCCUUCUGGUCUCGUUUACGCAAUGGAUGUUGUCUCGAUUUGGUGAACUGAUUCACGCAGGGAGAGCUCGAUCGAGUGACGAUGUGGCUAAAGGUAGAGAGCCUGAGUUGGCUAUAUAGCACGUAAGAACAGCCUCCAUUCCACAGCGCCUCACUACAACGGUUGUUCACAACCGCUCAUCUUCCG